AUGGCAGAAGCAGCCCCUGACUCCGGCAGUGAGGACCCUUCGGAGAGCACAGAGGACCUGGAGCCUCUGCACCCCAGUGACCAUGCCACCUUCCAGCAAGUUACAAACCUCCUGGACAUCAUGGAGAGCGAGUCGGCCAAGACGGACACGGCUGGGGCUGGGCUGGACAUGCGCAAGACGCUGGCCUCGGUGAUCAUAACGGACAAGGCCACCAGCGAGCCAGCCACAGUGAUGGACGCGCUCAUCUGCUGCCUGCAGGUGCCAAAGAUUUCCACGCUGCGCAAGAUCAACAUCUACAACAUCCUGCAGGACAUCAUCCAGCAGGAGGGCGAGCUGGAGGAACGCUGUGUUCAGCGGCUGGUCUCCAUCGCCUCCAGGGAGAUGCGCGAAGGCCUGGAGGAGGAGGGCUACCUGAAGGCGGAGGUGGCCAGCGACACGCUGGUGGCCCUGUCCCGGAACCACUUCAGCCUGGUCAUGUACGAGCUGCAGCACCACCUCAAGCCCCUCAACCUCUCCGACGAGUUUGUCAUCGUCACGCUGGCCAAGCUGGCCAAUGGCAACGUGUUCGAGUUCAUGCCGUACAUGGGCAUUACCCUGGUGACCAUAUUCACCAUGCUGAGACUCGCCAACGAAGCCAAGAUGCGCCAGGUGAUCUGCGGUGCCAUGGAGACCUUCUGCGAGGCAGUGCAGUUCUACCUGCGGCACCUGGAGAACAGCGUGUACCCCGUCAUGACCGAGGACCAGUUCGCAGUGAAGCUCUUCCCCAUGUACCGCUAUUUCGUCACUGUGUGGCUACGCAACAGCAACCCCGAGGUGAAACUGGGGGUCGUCAAGUCCCUGCGGCCCAUGCUGAGCCUGCUGCUGCCCAGCGACGACCUGCGAGAGCAGGUGUAUGACUACAUCCCGCUGCUGCUGGCCGAGUACAACGGCAGCCUGGAGGCGCUCUUCAUCACCCAGGUGCUGAGGCAGAUCCUGGAGAUGUCUGUGCUCACGAACACCCCCAUCCCGCCCAUGCAGCUACACAACAUUUUCUCUGAGCUGCAUGUCCAGGUGUGCUCCCGGGCACCUGCACAGCACCAGCACAGCAGCCAGAACCUGGCAGAGAUCGUACACUGCUUCAUCGCGCUGGCUCGCUCCUACCCCAAGGAGCUGAUGAAAUUCUUCCUCAGCCAGAUGGAGACCAGCAAGGAGUCCACGCGCGUGGGGACCCUGACGCUCAUCAGGGCGGUGGUGAGUGCGGACGAGCCCAAGAUGAGUGUGCGCACCAUCUACCUGGCCAUCCGCGUGGUGAGGGGCAGCCUGGCCGACACCCGCUCCAAGGUGCGCAUGGCCAUCCUCCGCAUCAUUGGCCAGCUGGUUCUGUCCGGCUUCCAGGACAGGAUCAAAGGCUGGGGCCUGAAGUACGUGUCGGCGCAGCUGACCCUGUCCACCUACAAGCUGACGAAUCGCCGGGAGAGCUUCUACCAGAGGGACCUGGAGGAGAAGAUGGUCCACAAGGUGACCAUGGACACUGUGCGGAUCAUCACGUCAUCUGUCAGCGGCAUGACCAGCGAUUUCUGGGUGCGGCUGCUGUGCUACAUCAUGGAAACAGACUACACGGAGGCGCUGGCCCCCAUCUGCGUCAGCCUCACCAACCUGGCCGAGCGGCAGCUACACGGCAAGGACACGGCUGAGAGUGGCGGGCUGCAGGCCUUGGACCUGCCCGCCCCGCAGAAGCUGCUAGCUCGCCUCCUGGUGCUGAUGUCGUCGCCCUAUAAGGGGGAGGGCCGCGGGGUGGCCAUGCUAAACCUCCUGAGGACGCUGAGCCGCAGCAUCGCACCCACUAUGGCCGACAUGUGGGACCAGGAGAUCCCGGAGCUGGUCAGGUACCUGGAAGAACAUACCGAGUUCACUUGGAGCCAGAAGCUGUGGGAGGAGAAGCUCAUCCAGUUUCUGAGGAGCUCCCUCAAGAGGACUCGGGGUUCCACCUGGAGCCUGCGUCUGAGCAAGGAGCUGAACAACCAGAUUGAGAGUUUCGACAGCCCCUCCCUGGAGAAGGGCUUCCUGUACCGGGCCUUGGGCCUCACCCUGGCCACCGGCCUGGAGGCCGACAAGGUGGAGGUGCUUCUCCUGGAGCUGCUGUACAAGACAGACUACAGCAACGACUUUGACCGGGAGGGUGUGAUUCUCUGCUUCGGCCUGUGCGCCCGGGGCCAGGUGAAGACGGUGCUGAAUGUGCUCCACGAGUUUGAGGAGCGGAUCCAGGAGUCAGAGCAGUCCUGGCAGAUUGGCGCGUGGCGGAAGGAUCACCCCUGGAGGCGGGAGGCAGUGAAGAGCGCGCUCAUGGUCAUGUACAGCUCUGUGGCCGCCUACUGCCACCCGCAGCUCCUCCUCACCCACGCCGACAGUCCCAUCACGGCCAAGAUCAUCCACCACUUCUCCAGCAGCUGUCAGGACGUCUGCCUGAAAAUGGCCUUCAUGAAGAGUGUCGUGCAGGUCACCGACGCCCUCAGGAAUGUCCAGGGUCUGAGCGAUUUCCAGUUUUCCCAGAAGCACACUCUGACUGGACUGAUCAUGGACAUCAUGAAGGCGGAGUCCAGCGACAGCCUGGUGUCCCCCGUGAGGGCCAUGGCCAUGGACGCCCUGGCGCACCUGAGCAAACUGAAGCCUUUCUACUCCACAGAGGAGAGCACCGAGCUGAUGGAAAUCAGCACCCAUUCCGUGAUCUCUCUCCAGCCCCCCACGGAGGACAACGAGUCCAUUACGACCCUCUAUACAAAUGCCCUGAGUGCCCUGGAGCAGCUGAUGGAGGGUCUCAUGCAGCGGCAGCUGGACCCCAGGGGCCUCCAGGACAUGGUGCACCUCCUGGAGAAGUGGAUCUUGUCAGAGAAGGACUGGGAGCGGGAGAAGGCCAUGCACCUCCACCUCAGGCUCCUGCAGAUCUACGUGCAGAGCGUUGGCGUCUGUAUCCCCCUCAAGCUGGGCCAGUUCGGCAUGUUGGUCGGCCUCAUCGCCCCAUGCACCUGCGACUCCCACAGUAAAACCCGCAUGACCUCCACCGACGUCCUGUCCACUCUGCUGGACCUCCACGCCAGCCAGACAUGCUCCCCGUGGGGCACCUCCAAGGAGCAGGAACUGGAGCGCUGUAAGGAGACCCUCCGGAGCUCCGACACGGAUGUGAUUCUCGGGGCAUCAUCUCGAAUCGCCAAGGUGGCGUGCCCGGAGUUCAACUGCGACGAGGUGGUGUCGCUGGUGCAGAAGUUGUGUGAGAACAUCGGGGCCAUGGACCCGCAGCACGACAGGGCCUCGGUCACCUGGAUCUGCACCUUCCUCCAGAUGCGGGCCAAGGAGCUGGAGGACAAGGUGGCCGAGAUCCUGGGCGCCAUCCUGGUGCACCUGCCCGUGGUGGAGCAGCCUGAGGUGAGGCGUCUCCUCGUCGAGGGGGUCCUCCUGUUGGCACAUUACCACCAGGAGACCGUGCUCACGUCGCUCCUCAGACAGCCGCUGCCCAUGGAGAGCCACCUGAAGGAGGUGUGGCUGGCGGUGGCAGAGAACACGCCCUAUGCUCGCACCAUGCUCUGGGGGCUGAUGGGCCGCCUGCAGGUGCGCUUCUCCCCGAGAGUGACCCCCACGUCCAAGGCCGACGUCUGGCGUCUGGCUGCGGUGGAUCCACUGAUGACGCUCUGCACCAUCCACUUUCUCCUCGAGAGGCUGGACAAGGACGAAAAGCUGCCGGACCUCUUCCCAGACCUCGUCUACACCCUCCUGCUGCAGCUCAGCGUCAGCCACGGGCCUGAGGCCCUCUCGCCUGUGCUGAAGACCUGGAGGAUCGUGCACUCGGGGACCCUACCCGAAGACGUCAAUCUGCAGAGGGUCACCACCAAGUCCAUGCGGCUUUUGUUCAGGAGAGCAGGGGACGAGCCGCUGGCCCAGCGCCUGGAGGAAAAGGGCGUGUGGACCCUGCUGGAGAACAGCGCCACCUUCCUGCAAGGAGUGGGCCUGCUGGCCAGGCUGUGCUUGCGUGACAUGGAGGGUUACCAGGUGCGGCUGUCGGAGCUGGUGCUCAGGGGCAUGGACUCGGAGGAGCGGAGCUGUCGCAUCAGCAGCACGGCUGUCUGCGUGGAGUUCAUGCGCAAGCCAGUUCUGUGCCAGGAGAAGCUGCUCAGGCCCACGGUGCGGGCGCUGGAGAGGGGCGCGGAGCAGGAGGACGGCGUCCUGCGGGUGCUCUCCCUGCGCGCCCUCGGCAACAUGGCCCUGGGCGCCCCCAAGAAGGUGCGACAGUACCGGAAGCUCCUGCUGGAGAAGUGUCUGAGUGCCCUGCAGGAGCCGGCCAGUGCCAGCAUCACGUCCGAGGCCAUGGAUGCCCUGGCCAAGCUCCUGGACCAACUCCGUGAGGGAGACCUGGGCACUUUCUUCGGGGCCAUCUCGGAGCACUGCAGGGCCUUCUUCGACAACGAGAGUGAGCAGCUGCGGCUCAAGGCCUUCGUCCUCUUCGGGAAGCUGGCCACGGUGGUGAGGCUGCCCAAGAAGCGCCUCUUCAAGGAGGAGGUGAAGAAGGCCUGGGUCCCCCUCAUGCUUCACUGCCAGGACCCCUGCUCUGAGGUGGCUCAGGCCUGCAGCAUGACCUUGUCCCAGUGUGUGCAUUUCUGGGGCUGGAAGGCGCUGGAGCAUUCUCCGGGCUCGAGCUCUGCCAGCGUGGUCGACCAGAUGACGGCCUUCCAGAACACUCUGUGUUCCAUGAUGGUGCAGAAAAAACCUGCCAUUCUCUACGACUUCCUGAUGGAGACCAUGAGCUACGUGCAAAGCAGCCUGACCAGGAUCAGGAUCGCUGCGUGCAACCUGGCAGGAAUCAUCAUGAGGCAGAUGUCCGUGCAGUACCUGAGGCAGCUCGACUUCCCAGCUCUGCGCAACUCUCUCCAGGAACUCCAGCUGGACUCGGAUCCUGGGGUGCACAGGGCAGCGCUGGAGACGCUCAAAAUCCUGGACUCCUGUAGCCAGCACUGCCUUCGGGCCUCGCCUGAACACGUUUCCUAGGGGAGCCCAGUGAGCACCCUGGAUGGAGCACCAUGGGGGC